AUAUUCAUCAUGUUUGACACCUUCAGAACUGAAUCGAAUUACGAUUAUUUGGAGAUCUACGACGGUGGCGAUAUGCAGUCGAAGCUCCUUGCAAACUUCUCAGGACCCAGUUUACCGGAGAACACUGUGCAGACGACCGGCAGCAAGCUGACGAUGCGUUUCAUUACUGAUGGCGCGUUACAGUUCUUCGGCUGGCAUAUGAUUUGGAACACCGACUAA